ACACUGCUAUGUUAGACAGCUGUUUACUAAAAUUCAUGAAUGAAAGCGGUGAAAAGCAACACGAAAGUAAAUAAGACAAAUUCGAGGCUGCGUAAUUUUUUGAAAAGCAAAAUAAAUGUCAGUCUUAAUAAAAGCGUCCGGCCUAGGUCCAGUACGGCUUGUUUUCAAGCAAUUGAGUGCAUCGCGAGCCCUUAGCCUGAGUACAAAGUAUUAUGCCGAAACUGAUACAUCAAAACAGAAAUCGUCAGCAGAGCACUUUGACAUCAUUAUUGGUGGUGGUGGACUAGUUGGCACCGCAUUGGCUGUCGCAUUGGCCAAAAAUAAAGUUUUAAGCGAUAAACGUAUACUGCUGCUCGAAGGUGCACCGCCAUUUAGAGGUUUCAAUGUAGAGACACAGUAUGGCAAUCGUGUUUCGGCUAUCAAUGGUAACAGCGUAGAGCUUUUCAAAUCAAUUGGCGCUUGGGACUACAUGCAGGAACGUCGUGUAAAACACGUUAAGCAGAUGCAAGUUUGGGAUGCAUGCAGUGAUGCGUUGAUCAAAUUUCAAGAUGAGCAUUUUGCCGCUGAUGUAGCAUGUAUUGUUGAAAAUGACCUCAUGCUUGAUGCAAUGUAUGCACAAUUGGCUGAUAAAAACAAUAUGCCGAAUGUAGAAGUACGCAAUAACGCACGUAUUGAAGCUUUAAGACUUUCGGUAGAUACUGGUGAUAAUUACUCACAAGUGCAUCUGAAAGAUGGCAAAACGUUGACAUGCGAACUAAUGAUUGGUGCCGAUGGCGCAAAUUCAUUGGUACGGAAACAAAUGAAUAUCGAUGUGUUUAGUGUUGAUUAUGAACGUCGCGGAGUAGUGGCGACAGUGCAAUUGGAGGACGCUUGCGAUAAUGCGGUGGCAUGGCAACGGUUCUUGCCAACUGGCCCCGUGGCAUUACUACCAUUAAGUGAAACACUCAGCUCGGUUGUGUGGAGUACAACUAUAGCGCAUGCUAAGGAAUUGUUAGAUAUGCCUGCUACGGACUUUACUAAAGCAUUAAAUGAAGCUUUCUUUAAAGAAUAUCCUAAAGAUGGUGUUGUUGUUAAUGCAAUGAAUACACUAAAUUCGUUAAUUGGUCGUGAUCCGAAUAUUCUAAGACAAUAUCCGCCUGCGGUAAAUGAUGUCAUUGACAAGUCACGUGCUUCAUUUCCAUUGGGAUUUUUACAUGCCUCGUCGUACGUUUGCAGCGGUGCAGCAUUGAUUGGUGACGCCGCACAUCGUGUACAUCCGCUUGCUGGUCAGGGCGUAAAUCUCGGUUUUAGCGAUGUACGCGAGUUGGUAAAAGUGUUGGCUGAUGCAGCAUAUGCUGGCGCUAGACUCGGUGACAAGCACUAUCUUAUCAAAUACGAACAGCGUAGCUUGGCUAAGAACGUACCGAUUAUGGUUGGUGUACAUGGCCUACACACACUCUACUCUACUACAUUCACACCUGUGGUUCUCCUGCGUAGCUUGGGAUUACAACUGACAGACACUUUUUCGCCAAUAAAAAAUUUGUUCAUGAGACGCGCAAUGGGUUGAACGCCUUACUGGUAUUUUACCAAUUAGUUACUUAUAUCGAUUUUAGGACGGUGAUAUUGAAAUUUUUGUAUUGCUUGAAAAGCAAACAUACAUACAUAUGUAUUUUAAAACGUUAUUUUUGUCAUAAAUAAAGCACGACACCCAUUUCGAUUAUUAAAAAGUAAA